AAGCGGCAGUUUCAAAUCAGAUAUCGUGUUGUCGUGUCGUGUUCCGAAUUAAAAUCUGACGCACGCAUUUCAUUGUUACCGUUGAUAUUGAAAUUCUUAUAAAAAGUGUAAUUAGUGAUUUAAUUUUUAUUUUAGUGUUGUUCCCAAAGAAGUGAUUUUUUUAUUGUCUGAUAAAAUAAAAUGCGCGCCAACUGAAGUUUCAAAUUUCAAAAUUCCAAGAUGGCGACGCCGGCUGUUGUUGUCGAGCGGGCAUCCAAGUAUUACGGUAAAAAAGGCGGCAAUGAUUACAAACCAGUGCUUCAGAAUUUGGACAUGACCGUCGAAAGGGGCACUAUUUACGGCCUCCUUGGCGCGUCUGGUUGCGGCAAAACCACCCUUCUGUCGUGUAUCGUCGGCAGACGACAUUUGGACAGUGGAAACAUAUGGGUGUUGGGUGGCAAACCUGGAGAGAAGGGCAGUGGGGUUCCCGGACCCCGUGUGGGGUACAUGCCCCAGGACAUAGCUUUAGUAGCCGAGUUCACAAUACGAGAUGCCUUAUACUACUUUGGGCGGAUCUACGGCAUGUCGAACAAACUAUUGGCUGAACGUUACGACUUCCUCUGCGACCUCCUGGAGCUACCAGCAGGUGACAGCUUCAUCAAGCAAUUAUCAGGCGGUCAGCAGCGACGUGUGUCAUUGGCUGCUGCUCUGGUACAUGAUCCUGAACUCCUCAUUCUUGAUGAACCUACUGUGGGGCUGGAUCCGAUGCUACGAGAGAAAAUAUGGGACUACCUAACAGAACUAGCAGCUAAAGGAACAACUGUCAUCAUAACGACCCAUUACAUUGACGAAACUAAACAAGCACACAAGAUCGGUCUCCUUCGCGAUGGACAACUUCUGGCACAGGACUCCCCUACAGAUAUUUUACGAAGGUUCAACUGCGAUACGCUCGAGGAUGCAUUUUUAAAGAUGGCGUUAAUUCAGAAUGAGAACAGCAGAACGAAUAGACGACGAUCGACGCUUAGUUCAUCCCCGGACGUGAUUCCAGAGAGCAGUAUAGUUAACGAUAGCCGAUUCCAGUCGACUGAAGACUUUAAUGUUGUUACAAGCAGUCGAGAUGUUUUAACUAAGCAAGAAAAUGGUGUAGAAUUAAAAAGUAAGAGGACUGGACGGUUAAAGGCUGUGUUCAUAAAGAGUAUACAACAGUUUUCAAGGCAUCCGGGAGGACUAAUAUUCUCAAUACUAUUCCCAAUGCUACAAGUGAUGGCGUUCUACAGCGCUGUUGGAAGAGAUCCGAAAGGCCUGCACGUCGCUGUGGUUAACGACGAAGCAGCUUCUAUACCAAUGGGAAACGAACUAUGUAAAACGAGUAACCUAACAUGGGUGGCAAUGAACGAAGAACAAAUAUGUGAAUACCAUAUGCUGAGUUGUUGGUUUGUGGACGAAAUGGAGAAACGGGGAAUCAUUGCGGAGUACUUCAACUCGACAGAAGAGGCCAAAAUAGCCGUUGCAGCUCGGACUACGUAUGGAGCUGUUCAUUUCCCAUCCAACUUUAGUGCCGCACUUGCCUUACGAAUCGCAGACGGAUACGUUGAUGAUGAUAUAGUAGAGGAAAGCACUAUAGCUGUCUGGUUGGAUAUGACAGAUCAUCAAAUCUCGAAUUUCCUGAAACGGAGUGUUAUGAAGACGUAUGAAUCCUUUACCAAACGAGCGAUGUCUGCGUGUGGAAUCAAUGAAGAUCUAGUACAGCUUCCUGUGAGGAUGAUGACACCAAUCUACGGGUCAUUAGAACCAGAGAUGGUGUCAUACAUGGCACCAGGAGUCAUGAUUACGAUUAUUUACUUUUUGCCGGCUAUUGUAACAUCUACGCUAAUGAUAUCGGACCGUCUCGAUGGUGUUUGGGAAAGAAGUGCAGUGGCGGGAGUUCAGCCCAAAGAGAUGUUGCAGGUUCACAUCACGUUGCAGAGCGCAAUUAUUGUUUUACAGACACUUGAGAUGAUGGUACUAGCGUUCGUCGGCUACGCUCUUCCAUUCAAGGGGUCCAUAGUGACUUGUGCCAUUCUGCUCUUCCUCCAAGGUUUGGGUGGAAUGUGCUACGGAUUCCUCCUCUCAGUUCUGUGUUCCAGUUUCACUGUCGCGUUCUUCGUGGCAACGGGUAGCUUCUACCCCAUGAUAUUGCUUUGUGGUAUCCUCUGGCCUUUAGAAGGUAUGCCCUGGGCCCUCAAACAAGUAGCUCUCAUGCUACCUUUCACUCUGCCCUCUCGAUCAUUGCGAGACCUCAUGGAAAGAGGGUCCGGCAUCACAGACUACAACGUCUACAUCGGCUUUCUUAUAAGCAUUGGAUGGAUCAUUUUAAUUUUGACAUUGUGCUUCUUAAGGCUUAAAUAUAGGAAAUCGUAAGAUCGAUUGUAUGACGUUUUUUAAUAGACUGUAUUCGGGCGAAAGUGCUUGCUUGGUACCAAUUUGUAGGAUAGAACUUGUACGAAAUAAGCUUCGAACAGUUUUAUAUUUAUAUUUGGAACGUUUGUAAAAAUAAUAAUUAUUCUUAUAGUGGUACUGAGUAGAAGAUUUAAAACUGGCUGAAUGGGUUAUGUAAAAGUUGGUACGUAACAUACAUAGGUCGAUAAACGAUCUGCAAACGGUGCAACAAACAUGACAAUUAGAGCACACUGGGUUUAGCCAAAGGCAGGUGGCACAUCUUGGCAGCAUUUAUAGAUUAGAUCUGGGUUGCUGUACAUAGCUUAUAGGUUAGAAUCUUGUAUUUUCAUAACAAAAAAAAUGUGUACGAAGUACGUAAUUAUGUUGUAUAUUAUUGUACUGUUCUGCUCGUAAAUCUUUAAAAUUGUAUGAAAUAUUAUUAUAUUGGAAUAUGUAAUAAUGUACAGAUUAUUGUAGAUUUACUUCUUUCUAUAGUCUAUAACAAACAAAAUAGAGUAUAUUUUGUUAUUUGUUUAAAAAUUGCUCAAAUAGGACUAUUGACAAAUUGCUGAUAAAGGGCCUUGUGAUACAUUUGUGAUGUAGGGGAUUUAAUUAAUAAAUAAAAUUUUUCUUGUA